AUGCUCUUUACAAGCCUCCUGCUCCUUGCUGGAGCACAAUCGGUUUUUGCCAAGUGCAAAUGCACCCCAGCUGACGACUGCUGGCCCUCAAACUCGAAGUGGAAUGCCCUCAACGCCACCGUUGAUGGACAACUCAUCGCUAAUCAGCCUAUCGCCCAAUCAUGCUACCCCGGCGCGGGCUACGAUGCGCAGCGCUGCCAGCACAUAAGCAGUGAAUGGGCAUCGUCUCCGUUCCAGGAGGCAUCUCCAAUCGGAUACACCUAUCCACUGCUUGAGACCUGCCCUCCCAUCAACGCCUCGGUGGCAGCCUAUCCAAUUUGCGAUCUGGGCAAUUCGCCCGUUUACACCAUCAACGCAACAAAGGCAGAUGAUGUCGCUGCUGGAAUCAAGUUUGCCAAAGAGAACAAUGUCCGGCUGGUGAUCAAGAACACCGGUCAUGAUAUUGUGGGAAGAUCGCAAGGUUAUGGUAGUUUAUCGGUCUGGAUCAAGUAUAUCCGGGAUGGAAUUGAGUACCAAGAGAACUAUGCGCCAUCGACUGGAUGCCAGUCUAAUUGGACUGGAAGUGCCCUCACAGUUGGCGGCGGGUAUAUAUGGGACGAGGUUUACGCCGAAGCAGCCAAGCGUGGUCGGAUCGCUGUUGGUGGUGAUGACCGCACCGUUGGUUCCAUUGGAGGGUACCUCCAGGGUGGCGGUCACGGCUUCGCAACCCACUUCUUCGGACUUGCCACUGACCAAGUCCUCGAAUACAAGGUUGUGCUCGCAUCGGGUGAAAUCGUGACAGCCAACCAAUGCCAGCACACCGACCUGUUUACUGCGCUCCGUGGAGGAGGCGGCGGUACAUAUGGUGUUGUGGUAUCGGCUACGAUCAAAGCCCACCGCACUCACCCGGUCCUGAUGCACGAGCUGAGCAUCGAGGUUAUCCCCGGGAAGGGCACUCUGUCUGGCCUGCUGAACGCCACUGCAGCUAUGAUGUCGAGAUAUCCAAUUCUCUCGGAUGAAGGAUUCGCAGGCUACGCGGACCUGACCCGUGCGCCCACAGGGUCGCUAUUCACGCAUACUUUUGGAAAGCUGCUUGAGAGCAACACAUCGUCCUCCAACAAGGACUGGGCCAAACACGUCAUGAACCAGCAGAUCGUAGACAAUCUAAUCCAGUUCAAUGGGACCCAGUUCCUCGUCAAAUCUGCAUUCAAGACCUUCCCCUCGUUUGAUGCGUUCUUCCUGGGCAGCGGCAGCCACCAGGCAGCCGCCGCAAGCAGUGCUAUCAUGACAUCGCGGUUCUUCGAUAAGGAAUCUCUGCUGUUCAAACAGGAGAACUUGGAGAACAUGAUGGCAACCCUCUUCUCUGAAGCCGGUCCAGGCGUCCACGCUACCACAUCCGCGUUCGAGCUAUGUCUUGUCGGUGGUGGCCAGGUCCUACAAACCGCGCCGUAUACCUCUGUGAAUCCCGCGUGGCGGAAAACCUACCUGCUUGCGGAGCAGGUAGACCUCUUUCCGGACAAUGCCGGCUUACAGGGAAUCCGACAGAUUGUGCAGCAGGCUACCGCCCAGAAGUCGAAGGCGAUGAAGGAGCUGACCCCCGGCAUGGGAACCUAUCUCAACGAAGCCGACAGAGCUGAUCCUGACUGGAAGCAGGAUUGGUUCGGAAGUAAAUACCAGUGGCUCAGCUCGAUCAAGAAGAAGUAUGAUCCGGAUGAGGUGUUCUGGUGCUGGUGCUGCGUCGGAAGCGAGGGCUGGGAAGAGGUGAAGGGUGGAACGCUGUAUGGACCUUUGUGUCAGACGAACUGA